UGAUAGGGAUGCGGGAAGACAGCCUGGUGUUAAUAAUAAUGUUAACUAUUAUGGUCAGGUGUAUUCCAGAAAGAGAAAACAGAAUAUUAAAUAACUAAGUGUGGAAGUCGAGGGGGUGGAGGGGGAGUUAUUAUAAAUAGCCAAUUAUUGUAAUAAAAAGUCAGGCUGGUUUUUGGCUUUGGCUUGGGCUGGGACUGGGAGAGAGGCAACUCUUAAAACUGCCAGACUCUGUUCUCUUCAUAUUCCUAUCAUUUAUUCAACUCUUAAACUGCCAGACUCAGUUCUCUUUCAUAUUCCUAUCAUUUGGUAUCAGAGCUCCGAUCGUGAGGCCUGUCUAUGGUUGUUACCCGACGAAACAUGGAAGACAAACUUGAACUGUUGGAACGGGAGCUGGCGGAACAGCGUGAGGAGGCGAGACUCAGGGACGAGGAGAUGAACCGCAAGUUCGAGCUGGUGAUGCAGAAGCUCGAUCGCGAAUCGCGCAGUCGAUCCAACUCCUCCAGAACUAGCGCGCGAAAUCGCAGUCGAUCAAAAUCCACCAAGGCCAGCGCGCGGAAGAGUAGCUGCGAAUCCAGUUCCACCGCAGGUAAUCUGCGAUCGACCCAUUCUAAGCAUGCUGAUAACCGCAGUAGACUGAUUGAGAAAACUGGGAGAAAAGUGGAUUUGCCACUCUUUAAUGGAUCCGAUGCUUACGGAUGGACCAUUAAGGUUGAGCGUUUUUUUAAACUGAAUCACAUUGCUGAGGUAGAUAAGAUUGAGUUGGUUACCUUGGCCAUGGAAGGAAGAGCUCUGAAUUGGUAUCAAUGGUGGGAGGAACACUCAAAUGUUAGAACUUGGGAACUAUUUAGACAGGCUUUAUUAGAAAGAUUUGAACCAGGCCUGGAACAGGAUCCUUACGGUCCUUUGCUUAAUGUGAAGCAGACUGGGAGUGUGAUGGAUUAUCGGGAUGAGUUUGAGCUAGUGGCAGGUCCGUUGAAGAACACUGAUGUACAAUUUCUAAAAGGAAUUUUUAUGAAGGGUCUGAAAGCAGAAGUUAGAGCUGAGUUGAAACUGAAUCCAGUUAGUACUCUAACUGAAAUCAUGAAUAAGGCAUCCAGGGUAGAAGAAAGAAACCAGACACUGAACCUCACAAAAGGUAAAGAGGAAGAAAGAAGAGGGUCAAAGGGUAAUGUUUCUUCUCCAUCUCAAAGAUGGUUGCAAGAAAACAAAUGGAAGGGAAACUUGACCAGCAAUCAGUCAGGUAUGGAUAAAUCCAGUGCUGAAAAGAGCAAUGAGGCAGUCAAUAAAAAUGCUGGAGUGAAGGGGACACACAGGCUAACCCAGUCAGAGUUGCAGGAAUUGAGCAGAAAGGGCCUUUGUUUCAAGUGUGGGGAACAAUGGGGAAAAGGCCACAUUUGCAGAAUGAAACAUUUCCAGAUUAUGAUGAUAGAUGAUUCAGAAGAGGAGGAAGAACAGGGGGAUUUCAGUUUAGAAGCUUCACCGGAGAGGGAGAUCAGUGAGCCUUCAAAAAUGCAGCUAUCUUUGAUGAGUAAAGAAGGUCUGACCACUCCCAGGACUUUCAAAUUGAAGGGUGAAAUACAGGGAUGCAAAGGAAAGAAGGAGGUUGUGAUAUUGAUAGAUUGUGGGGCUACUCACAAUUUUGUGUCAGCCAGGGUGGUGCAAGAACUGGGGAUUCCAGUACUGCACAUUCCUGAGUUCAGGGUGGAGAUUGGCAAUGGUGAACAAAUCACAAACAAUGGAAGGUGUGAAGCUUUAUCUGUUAGGGUGCAGCAGGCCAUAAUAACCCAGGAUUUCUACACUCUGGAUUUAGGGGGAACUGAACUUGUCUUGGGAAUGGAAUGGUUGUCAGGUCUGGGCAAUGUGGAAUUCAAUUUCCAUCAACUAUCUAUUAAGUGGAUUGAGGGGAACCAGUCCAUGAUGCUCAAAGGAGAUCCCCAUCUGAGCAAAACUGUGGUAUCUCUGAAAAGCUUGGUCAAAGCUAUGCCUCAACAGGAGGAAGGGUACUGCUUAUACCAAUUUGAGGGAAUCCAAGGGGUGGAAGAACAACCAAGCAACUUGGGUUGGAUUCAGAGAUUUAAGACAGAAUUUCCUGAAGUUUUUAAACCUCUAGAGGGAUUACCUCCCAAGAGGGACUGCGAUCAUUCUAUAAAUAUCAAAGUGGGUUCAACCAUUCCAAAUAUACGACCCUAUA